AUGGCCCCCAACUCAUUUGUGUCUACACUCUUGUAUUGCCCCUCUCUAUGCCCUCUUGUUAAUGUAUACAGCUUUUCCGAAUUCUACUCAGCACUCACUCAAAAUCCUCUUCUUCACCUUCCCAGCCACUCAGCUAAUGAAAUGGUGGAAGUUGAGUCUGAUGAGGCCUCUGCCCCAAACGAGCUGCAGGAAACUGAACAGAAAACGCAAUCGAUGCGCUGUAGCACUGGUGGCAGGAAAAAAGGAUUUGUUGGAAUUGGUGAGAGAAGUAGGAGCUAUAUUGAAGUUAAUCGCCUGGGCCGUCUACCACCGCGAUGGUUAACCCCAAUGCGAGAGAGGCAGUCGUAUCUUGCGCAUCAAGCAAUGGCCGUCCUGAGAGAAGGACUGAGACGCAGGUAA